ACUUCACUCCGAAGCCCAAAGAAAAAGCUGUAAAGAGCCCUCUUUCUCUUUCUCUCUCAAAAAUCCCAUUUAUUGCCAUCAUUAUUUGUUCAUCCUCUUACAGUACUCUUUCACAUGUUAAAAAGGAUCUCAUCUUGUUGUAAUUAAUCCACUUGUAGGUCUAAAUCCCUUUUCUUUUCCCCUGUGAAAAGUCCAAAAUUCUCUUAAAAACCAAUAUUAUCUUUGUUUUGUUGUCUUCUGAUGCUAAAUAUUUUUCUAAUCUACCCUGAAGUGCAUGUUACCAUUUCUGGGUUCUCUUUGUGUGGCCAAUGAUUUCUGUUUCCUUUCUAGUACCAUCUAGUUGAUAUUGUAGAGUUCUUUUAUAUUUAAAAUUUUAUUUCCCAUCUUCAUUUCUUUGUCAGUGUUGUAAUUGUUUUUGCUGUAGGUGGUUCAGCUGCCUGAGUUAAUGAUAUUAAAGAGUUCUCUUUUCUUGGGUAGGCCUUAAAUCUGCUUUUCUUUAUUUUUCCAUGUUGCUACUCUCUUCCUUUUCCGAUUGUAACUCUCACUGAACUUGUUAAUAGAUAAAAUUGCUUGAUACUUGUUCUAGUUUUGUUCAAAGGUUCUGGUAUGUUUUAUUCAUUUCAGUAGGUUCUUUCUCAUUGUUCUUUAUUGGGGUUGGAAUUUAUCCUUCUUGUGUACGUUUCCAGUUCGCUUAUUGCGUCUUCAGUCUUUUAGUUUGAAGUAUUCUUUCUUCUAUUGUCAUUUUGAAUCGGUAUUGAAUUUUGUCCUCGAAGGGCUUUGAACAACGUCCCUGAAACUUGUUCUUUUUAUUAUACAUAUUCCACUGUUUAUCUUGUUCUUCACUGUGAUAAUGCCUCCCACUUAUUUCCCUCUUCGAUGGGAGAGUACUGGAGACCAAUGGUGGUAUGCUUCUCCCAUUGAUUGGGCGGCUGCUAAUGGCCACUAUGACUUGGUCAGGGAGCUCCUUCGCAUUGACAACAAUCACCUUAUCAAACUCACCUCUCUCAGGCGAAUUCGACGACUUGAGACUGUUUGGGAUGAUGAGGAACAGUUUGAUGAUGUUGCCAAAUGCCGUUCUCAAGUUGCUAAAAAACUUUUUCAUGAGUUUGAAUCUAAGAAAGGAAAAAAUUCUCUCAUCCAAGCUGGCUAUGGUGGAUGGCUUAUGUACACUGCUGCUUCAGCUGGUGACUUGAGUUUUGUUCAGGAACUUCUUGAAAGGAACCCUCUACUUGUUUUUGGUCAAGGAGAAUACGGUGUUACUGAUAUACUCUAUGCUGCUGCCAGAAGUAAGAAUUGUGAGGUUUUCAGGAUUGUUUAUGAUUUUGCUGUUUCCCCAAGGUUUUUGACAGCAAAAGGUGGAGAGUUUGAGGAGCACAUAGGGGAUAUUCCUUCUUUAUACAAGUGGGAGAUGAUCAAUAGGGCUGUUCAUGCUGCUGCAAGAGGUGGGAAUUCAACCAUUUUAUCGGAGCUCCUUACUAAUUGCACUGAUGUCUUGGCUUAUAGAGAUAAGGAAGGUUCAACUAUUUUACAUGCUGCUGCUGCCAGAGGCCAGGUUGAGGUAGUUAAAGAUCUUAUAGCCUCCUUUGAUAUUAUCAAUUCCACAGACCAUUUAGGGAACACAGCAUUGCAUAUUGCUGCUUACAGGGGUCAAUUAUCUGUGGUUGAAGCUUUGAUUGUUGCAUCUCCCUCGUUGAUCUCUUCAACAAACAAUGCUGGAGAAACCUUUCUUCAUGUGGCUGUGUCUGGAUUCCAAACUCCUGCCUUUAAAAGAUUGGAUCGGCAGAUUGAGCUUAUGAAGCAGUUGAUAUGUGGGAAAUUUUUCAAUGUGGAAGACAUCAUCAAUGCCAAAAGUAAUGAUGGAAGGACUGCACUCCACACAGCCAUCACUGGGAAUGUUCACUCUGAUCUUGUGCAGCUCCUGAUGUCUGCUCAGUCAAUAAAUGUGAAUGUCCGUGAUGCGGAUGGGAUGACCCCUCUUGACCUCCUUAAGCAACGGCCAGAUUAUGUGUCAUCAGAUAUUCUGAUUAGGAAAUUGAUUUCAGCAGGUGGGAUAUUUGGUUGUCAGGAUUAUUCUGCAAGAAGAGCCAUUGCCUCCCGCUUGAAGAUGCAAGGUAAUGGAGUCAGCCCUGGAACAUCAUUCAGAAUCUCCGAUGCAGAAAUCUUCUUGUAUACAGGUAUUGAGAUUGCAUCUGACAGCAGUGCUGAUCCAGCUAGUGAAGAAAGGAGUUCAUAUUCAACUGAACAUCUAGACUCAACCAAUGAGAACCAGAGCUCAACAAUUAAUAGGAAGUUAGGCUCUGUGAAUAAUGCAGCACAACAGUUGAAAAGAGUUCUCCAUUGGCCCCGUCUGAAAGAGAAAAAACCUGAAAGAUUCAGGAAAUCAUUGGAUCAAGUUUCUGUGGAAUCAUGCAAGAAAUGCAAUGGUUCAGAAGGAACUCCAACCCCACUUCGACAGAGAUUCAUGAAGCCCUCGUCUCCUUCUAACCACAAGAGGACACUUUCUGUUAGGAGUAAUCAAUCAAGUCCAACAGCCAAGAAGAAAUUUGCUUCGGGCAUAAUGCAUGGUGUUAUGCAGGCUAUGCCACAAUUAACUCUUCCACGUCGAUCACGUUCGAGUUCAUUUUCAAAAUCAUCCAUAUCUUCCCCUGGUUGGUUGGAUAAACAAAAAGGAGUGUUUCUUGACAGUGAUGUUGCCGGCCCAUCAUCUUCCAAUCAAUCAUUUGAUGAUGGAACACCAAAUGUGAUUGGGAAAGAAGGACCCACCAUGAAUAAGAAGUUGAGGAGCCAAUACUUCUGUUUCGGUGCAUCUGGCCUUUCUGCUAAAAUCCCAGUUACCAGGCCACGACAAAGCCAUAGUUCAAAUCCUUCUGUUCUUUCAGUGGCUUGAUGAAAACCAAAAAAGCUAUGCUCUUGCAGUGAUUCAGGAGUCAUAGAAAGAAAGGAGCCCAAAUCUGAAAGCCCAGAAGGAAGCAAGCAGUAAACUAGAAGAAGAUUAACAAACUCCCUAGCUGUUUCCUUCGUGUUGCAUGUCUUUUCCUUUGUAGAAGGUUGUCUUGUUGAAUAUGAGAAGGCCAUGUAAUCGUACUUAAAACUUUCUCUGAAAGUACAUCCUGUGCUUUAUGUUGCUUAAAGUAGUGGAGAAGUGUGGUAUUCUGAGCA